AUGUCGUUGCUUUUCGACCUCGCCCACAUCCCUGAGGAGACUUAUCGCGCUUGCUGGGAAUUUCUGGAUCGCUUAGAGCGGCAUCUUCCUCGCCCAACUACCCUUACCCCCGCUAUUUUAAACAUCCACACAGAAUCCAUGAAGGCCUUCAAAGCUGCUGAGGCACUCUAUCUUACCGCCGGCUACCACGAAAUGGCGGCCGAAUGCCGCUUCGUUCAAUCCCAACAGGUUCUAGAAGACUUUCAACGCUCCGAGUUGUGGGAGCAUCUCAGUGAACCAACGAAAGCCGAAGUUUGGUAUUUCUUGGAUGGGGCCCGGAGGUACACCUUUGCAACAUCUGCGGACGAAUUAUUUGUGAAGUCCAUGGAAGAUCGCAUCUGGGGCUUGCAGUCCAAGAUUUGGCACUGGCGGGCCAAAAUCUCCUACGGGGAAGACAUUGACCAGGCGAACACGCGCUUAGAAGACCUUCUUCUACAAUGCCCAAGUACUGGGAAUCUCUUCCCCCGCAGAAACGCACUGGAGGGGCUUGCAGAGGUAGCAAUUUACGAGGGCAGGUUAUCCGAAGCCAUGGAUAUUCUACAGAAAAUUGUCGAGAUGUUCAAGGGAGACCUUUCGCACGAGGUCUUGUGGUAUACCGUGUUGAAGGCCGUUGUUGCAAGCAAGCAGGGUGAUCAUGCCCUUGCGAGGGAGCUCAUCUACAAAGCCCCAAAUCUCUUCCAAUUCUUUGCGCUGCGCACUGCAUUCGUGUUUCUCCACAGAUCUUAUAGCUCGGCAUGCAUCGAGCUCACUGCAGGCGCAUACGACAGGGCCGAGUCCCAUUUCAUCGCCACCAUUGAAGGUUGUGAUAUCCAAGGACAUCUUGAUUUCAAGGCAUACAGCAAACGAGGACUGGGGGAGAUUGCCUUUGUGCAUGGUGACUUCGUGUUAGCUGCACGAUGCUUCACAGAAGUACGGUCUUUGUGCACUGAGAUGGGAGUGCCUCCGCGACAUUUGUACAGUUGCGAGCUGUUCUAUGUUCUGCCGGACAGAUUUAGAGGAUGGUCAUUAUUUUUAGAGGAUCAGUCGCCAUUUGCAAACAUUAUGUAGAUCAUAUUCAUGUAACAGCUUGUCAUUGUAUCUUGGACGAUCAAACAUCCCCCAUAUGUUUCGUUUCCAUAGAUAUUUGAGGUUCAAGCGAUUAACGAUAUAUUUCCUUGCUUUG